GCCAAGAGCCCGGCGAUGACGGGCGCGCUACAGUCUGCGGAGGAGCCACGCGAGCUCCGGCAGCGCGGCGUCGGCGUCGGCGUCGGGAGCCGAGCGGCGGAGGCGCGGGGGAGGCGGCCCGGGGCAGCCGGCGGCAUGAAUGCUGCUCAGGGCGCAGGACGGGCGCUGGCUGCGCUGCUGCUGGCCGCGUCCGUGCUUAGCGCCGCGCUGCUGGCCCCCGGCAGCUCCCCGACGCCAGACUUAGACAGAAAAAGGCAUGUGGAGCUGAAAAUGGACCAGGCUUUGCUGCUCAUCCAUAAUGAAUUGCCUGGGACCAACUUGACUGUCUACUGGAGUUCUGAGCGCUGCUACCAAUGCUUGCUCCAGGUCCUGGUCAACGUUUCCUGGGGUGGGAAAUCCGGGAAGCCCAGCACUGCAGCCGUGGCCGUGAGCACCCAGCACGGAUCCAUCCUGCAGCUUAAUGACACUGCGCAGGAAAAGGAAGUUUGUAGGCUAGAGUACAAAUUUGGAGAAUUUGGAAACUAUUCUCUUUUGGUAAAGCACACCCAUGAUGGAGUCAGUGAAAUUGCAUGUGACCUGGUUGUCAACGAGAAGCCAGUUGACAGUAACCUUCCUGUGUGUAUUGCGUUCCUUGUCGGCCUGGCACUCAUCAUUGUGCUGUCCUUUCUAAGGUUCCUGAUGAGUUUGGAAGACUUUCAUAAUUGGAUUUCUAAAGCAAUAAACACGCGGGAAACCGAUCGCCUCAUCAAUUCUGAGCUGGGCUCUCCAAGCAGGGCAGCUGACCCUCAACCCGAGGCCUGGCGACUGUCGGCGGCCCCACUGCGCCUCCGCUGCGUGGACACAUUCCGGGGGAUAGCGCUCAUCCUCAUGGUCUUUGUCAACUACGAAGGGGGGAAGUACUGGUACUUCAAGCAUGCCAGCUGGAAUGGGCUGCCCGUGGCUGACCUCGUCUUCCCAUGGUUUGUAUUUAUCAUGGGAACUUCGAUUUUUCUGUCAAUGACUUCCAUCCUGCAGCGGGGAUGUUCCAAAUUCAGAUUGCUGGGGAAAAUUGUGUAGAGGAGUUUCCUGUUAAUCUGCUUAGGAAUUGUCAUUGUGAACCCCAACUACUGCCUUGGUCCACUGUCCUGGGAGAAGGCAGGCAUCCCUGGCGUGCUCCAACAGCUGGGGGUGACCUACUUUGUGGUCGUGGUGUUGGAGCUGCUCUUUGCCAAGCCUGUGCCUGAGAGCUGCGCCUCAAGCUGCUUUUCUCUGCUGGACGUCACAUCCAGUUGGCCCCAGUGGCUCUUUGUGCUGGUGCUGGAAGGUGUUUGGCUGGCCUUGACGUUCUUCUUACCUGUUCCCAGCUGCCCAACGGGUUAUCUGGGCCCUGGCGGCAUUGGCGACCUGGGCAAGUAUCCAAAUUGUACCGGAGGAGCUGCUGGCUACAUUGACCGCCUGCUUCUGGGGGACGAUCACCUUUACCAGCACCCUUCCCCAGCAGUGCUUUAUCACACCAAGGUGGCCUACGACCCUGAAGGCAUCCUGGGGACCAUCAACUCCAUCUUGAUGGCAUAUUUAGGAGUUCAGGCAGGGAAAAUACUCUUGUAUUACAAGGAUCGGACCAAAGGCAUCCUGAUCAGAUUUGCCGCCUGGGGGUGUUUUCUGGGGCUUAUUUCUGUUGCUUUGACGAAAGCGUCUGAAAAUGAAGGCUUUAUUCCAGUGAACAAAAAUCUCUGGUCCACAUCCUACGUCACCACGCUGAGCUCCUUUGCCUUCUUGAUCCUGCUGGUCCUGUACCCCAUUGUGGAUGUGAAGGGACUGUGGACAGGAACCCCGUUCUUCUACCCGGGCAUGAACUCAAUCCUGGUGUACGUGGGCCACGAGGUGUUUGCCAACUACUUCCCCUUCCAGUGGAGGCUGGGGGACAGCCAGUCCCACAGGGAGCAUCUGGUGCAGAACGUAGUCGCCACUGCACUCUGGGUGUUCAUCGCCUACGUCCUCUACAAGAAGAACGUCUUUUGGAAAAUCUGAGGCCCCAGCUGAGAUGAGAUGUGUGACUGGCAGAUGACAGGGCCUGGGGAAUCAUUAAAAGGAGUCAUUCGUUAAAACAGCGGCUGGGCUGUGAAUUUCCAGAUUAUCAACAAGGAGGCUGACGUGGCUCCUGCGAAUCUGCCUGUGGACGUGGGACUUAAGUACCUGAAACGUAAUUGUCUUGUCUUCUCCGUCUUCUAUGGAAAUGGAUGCAUUUGGAACGUCCCAUUUAAUUUUUCAAAAGGGAAUUCACCAGGCCAUUUUGCUUCUGUGAUGGGCAACACAAUCCACAGUCUGCUGCUCACUGAUGUUCUUUGCCUGCACCUGCCUCUCCUCGCAUAUCCACACCGACCAAGGUGCCACCUUCGCCGCCAUGGCUGACUGUGACGUUCACUGGGUGUAUGUGCAGUAGCGCAGUCUAAUAGAUUUUUGGUGAAGUACAGCUUAAUAGUUCAAGAAAGUCCAAGUGAUUUCCUUUCAGCUCUGUAGGGCACUGGUGGGGCCAAAUAAAAAGCCUUUUUUUUUUUUUUUUUAAGCAGUAGGGAAGAAACUUUAUUAAUUGAAUGACAGCAUAUUUUUUAAAAGGCUCAAAUUAGAGAAAACGCUGUAGGAUACGCACCAACCAUAGUGAUGCUGUAUCAAAAACCAGAGUGGGGGCUCCCGCUGUGGUGCAACAGGAUCAGCAGCAUCUCUGGAGCCCUAGGAUGCAAGUUCAAUUCCUGGCCACGAACAGUGGGUUAAAGGAUCUGGCGUUGCUACAGUUGUGGUGUAGGUGCAACUGUGGUUCAGAUCUAACCCCUGGCCUGGCCAAAAAAAUGAAAACAAACCAAAAAACCCAGGUUGAAUUAAAGUUAUGAUCAUAUUCAAAAAAGGCUUUUUUUUUUUUUUUUCAAGGGCUGCACCCAAGGCACAUGGAGGUUCCCAGGCUAGGGGUCAAAUCAGAGCCACUGGCCUACAGCACAGCCACAGCAAUGCAGGAUCCGAGCCAAGUCUGCAACCUACACCACAGCUCAUGGUGACGCUGGAUCUUUAACCCACUGAGCGAGGCCAGAGGUUGAACCCACAUCCUCUAGAUACUAGUCGGGUUUGUUACCACUGAGCCAAAACAGGAACUCCCCCAAAAUGCCUUUCUAUCAGAAGCUGUUUUUUCUCCUUUUCUCCAUUUUAAAAACAGUUAAAACCGUAGAUGUAUUAUUUGCAGCCACUCUUGCUUACAGUUAACUACUUAGGUGCCUACCUGUCAGCCUACCCACUCACCUCCUACCUGGGGGCCUUUCUCUCCGUGUAUCUGGAUGGUAUCUGGUCCCCAGGGCCAGCCUCUGUCCCUAGGAAGAGAGGAGCUUGCGGUCUCUCCUGGGCUCCUGCUUUGCCAUCCUUGCCGUGCGCGAUGUCAGGCAAGUCCCUGAACAACAAGGGAGGUGGUGCUGGGCUCCCCCCUCCCCGCCAGCUCUGAGGCUCAGUGGGGUGGCCUGCACCGCUGGCUUUUCUGAAAUCCUUAGAAAAAUAUUUUUAUUACAGAAAACUCUUCCAAAUCAAUGACCACGAAAAGUUAAAAAAAAAAAAAAACAAAAAACCUCUCAUCGGAGUAAAUCUUUUCAGAAUGACCCUUCGCAGUGGAGGCAGACUUCCUGCUUGGAAUCACCAGAAUGAAGACUUGUUGGAGAACACAGCGAGAAACAGGUCUUCCAUGGGAUGCAUCCUUGUACCUGGGAAUUUCCUGUGAGAAAGAAAACGUGGCACUGGGCUGUACCUGGGACCCUCUGCGUGGGCCCUGUCCCACCGCAUCUGCUGUCGUCCCUGCUGGGACCCCAUCUCUACCUGAACUCUCCUUCCAACUUGUGACCGCCCUUGGACCCCUGGAUGCCCGCCAGCAUCCAGGCCCCCUCCCCUGUCUCUUCCCAAAUGCAGACCUUCCCGCCUUUGGACUGACCUGGCUCUGUGGAUGGUCGUCUUGGUAUAAAAGUGCCGUCGUCUUUCCCACAUCUCACACCCUUUCCCACGGUUAGUUGUUACUGAAUCUUCUCAAUUCUGUCUCCACCUCCCACCUGGAACAUCUUAUUCUCCUGGUCACUGCCUGUUAUGCUUGUGCAGACUCUUGUAAUCAUUUUUAAGCCGGCCUCUUUCCCCAAAGUCACUCUGUCACCCUCAGAUUACGCUUCAUAAAACAGUUCAGAUCAAAUCACCUCCUUUUACAGCUUUGCUACAGAUGGAUGCAUCCUCCAUGGAGCCGAGCAUAUCAUACCCGCUGGUGUCUUUCCCCAGCCCUGGACCCACACUACGAGUCCUGGCUUGACCACCUCCAUCAGCAGUGGUAGGCGGUCCUCUGCCUCUGCCUCUGAGUGCUGUCAUCCUGGAUUGCUUUUUCCUUUCGUUUUCUCCCAUCCACAUCUGACCUGUCACGUUCUCUAGGGCACCUUCUGUAAUCUCUUAUUCUCAUCUCAGAGUAAUAUUUUCUUCCUCUGGAUUCUCUUAAUACCUGAUGGAGGCCAAUCUUGUAGCAUUAUUUGCUUUCUGCCUUGGUGUGACGGUCACUUGUGUCCAUGACCAAGUUCCCAUGCUGGACAGUGAGUCUGCAGAGGACAGGAGCCACACCUCGUCCACCUGCAUGUUCUUCACGGCACCAACACAGUGCCUCAUGCAGAGCGGGUGCUAAAUAAACACCUGUUAAAGCAAA